AUGGGCCGCCUGCUGUGCCUCCUCCUCCUCGCCAGCGUCGUGCUCUUCAGCGGCACGACAGGCGCGCGAGGAGGAGACCUUGACGGAGACCACGGGCGAGCAUGCGAUGGCGAGACGUGCAAGAGCUUUGGCGCAGGGCACGAUGAUCAGGUGAAACGGCAGCUACAAGGAGAUCUUGAAGUGCAACAGGCAGAGGCGAGGGAGGAUGAGAAUGAGGAACCCACGUUGGUCCAGCUGCAGCGGGAGAAGGAGGAGGCGGUGGCGGGGAGAAGAUACGAGGAGGCGGCUCGACUUCGAGACGAGAUCAAGAGGCUGGAAGACAUCCUGGCGCGGAGAGGCAGAGGAGGAGGAGGAGGAGGAAUGUUCGGAGGACAUGAUGGAGGAAGACGUAGCGGAGGAGAAGGGAAGGGAGCAGAAGACGCAGGCAAAGUCGCCGAGCAACAGGGUCAGACAAGUCGAGAGGCGACGAGGGAGGUGCAGGAGAAGCUGGAGGAGCUGCGGCAGGCUAAGGAGGAGCCGGUGGCGGGGAGAAGAUACGAGGAGGCGGCUCGACUGCGAGACGAGAUCAAGAGGCUGGAGGAGGAGGCGGGAAGAGAAGGAGGAGGAGGAGGAAGAAGUGGAGAAGGAGAUAAUGAUAGAGGAGGAGCAGGAAAAGCACACGCACUGAAGUCAGGAGGAACAAGAGUUGAGGGAGGGCGCAUUCCAGAGGUCGAACAAAUGAAGCUGGAGGAGUUACAGCGGGAGAAGGAGGAGGCGGUGGCGGGGAGAAGAUACGAGGAGGCGGCUCGACUUCGAGACGAGAUCAAGAGGCUGGAAGACAUCCUGGCGCGGAGAGGCAGAGGAGGAGGAGGAGGAGCUGCAGCUGCAGGAGCAGAGAUGAACGGUGGAGCUCUGGGUAGUGGCAGCAAAGGGAAGGGAGCAGAAGACGCAGGCAAAGUCGCCGAGCAACAGGGUCAGACAAGUCGAGAGGCGAUGAGGGAGGUGCAGGAGAAGCUGGAGGAGCUGCGGCAGGCUAAGGAGGAGGCGGUGGCGGGGAGAAGAUACGAGGAGGCGGCUCGACUGCGAGACGAGAUCAAGAGGCUGGAGGAGGAGGCGGGAAGAGAAGGAGGAGGAGGAGGAAGUGGAGGAGGAGGAGGAAGUGGAGGACGCGAAAGAGGAAGAGGAAGAGCAGCAGGAGGAGAAGGGAGCAGUUCCAAGCAGAAUGGUGCAAUGAAAGACGAGCAGGAGGCGCAGGAUGUUCAGUCCAAGGAAUCAGCCGGUACAUCUGAAGAUGACCUCGUCCUUGCCAUAUGCUCUACGAUGAAGAACCCUUCCAAGGAUGUACUGCAGUCGUGGCUAUCCUACCAUUUUAGCAUCGGCUUCUCACUCGUCCUACUGUUCCUUGACGACCCGUCGGACGAUCUGUCCGCUGCCACCUCUGAGAUGGUGGCGAAGCAGUUUGGGGCGAAGUUUUGA